ACACACAUUGAUAUAAACCAUGUCUGAUAAAGCGAAACGACCAGCCAUGAAACCACCUACGCAGAAUGAGAAUGUAGGUGAUAAACGAAAGCUUGAACUCAUCCAGUUGGAAACACGUUACAAGUCAUCGUAUCGUCUCAUCAAAGACGACAAGAAGGAAACCGUGAUUCGACUUGCUAUUAAGCCUUCGGACCCAGACUUUCCUUAUGAAAUAGACUCCUUGAAAAUCCAACUGAAUAUACCAUCCGAUUACUCCACCUCACCAUGCACUGUUCAAGUGCUUAACAGCGAUAUCCCUAAAGGCUUUGCCAUUAAUUUAGAAAAGGGUUAUGUCGCGCAUGUGGAUCCAGUGAAUAAGAGCGCACACCAAACACUGGUACGACAAAUGAAUUGGCUGGAUAGAAAUAUGGAAAGUUUGUUACAACAACCACCUGCCGCUACCGUGCGCUUUGUAUCCAACAGUCAUCGAGUGCACGAAGAGGAACCCGUCAAGCAGUUUAUUGACGCUACUUCUAGACCCAUCUCCUUUGAGACCACCUAUACAAAACCUGAAUCCAAAUACAACAAAGAAUGUGCUGUUGCGAGUUCUUCAAAGCCAAUUUACGAGGAAACGAAACCUAGCAGCAGUAAUAAUAAUAGUAGUAGUAGUAGUGUAUCCAAACCUGUGACAGCGCCUGUAGUAAAACCUAAACCGUCUCCCGUGGCAACGACAGUUGAAAAGAGCCAUUCAUUUAGUCAAGCUCAAAUGUCUGCUGCAGGAAAGAGACGUCAGCAUGAAAUAACCCAAUUACAGACACGAUUUUGUGACAGCAUCAAUAUCAGGACGAAUGCAAAGGAGUCUGUGAUAACACUUGUGAUGACGAUCAAUGAUUGUGAUUUCACGCACGAACAGUUACUGGGUGGCAAGGAUCUUUAUAUUAAAUACCAUGUUCCUGCAUUAUAUCCCCUUGAACCUUGUUCCAUUGAAAUUGACAACAAGAAAUUGGACAGGACCCGAGCAAAUUGGAUUGCAUCAGGUUUCAAUGAACACGUUGUGCAUGGUGACUUUACACUCUUUGAGAAUUUAAACUGGUUAAAUCGACAUAUGGAGACAUUAGCUACAGUACCACCUACGGUCAAGACAGCAGAACAAGAGGAAACCGCUGUGAUUGCAGCUUUACAACAAAAGGAUUUAAAACCUCCCUUGAAAAAGGAACAGGUGUCUUUAUCUGUCUCAGCACCUGUAUUCACACCUCAGCCAAAAAAGAAGACAUCGUUGUUUGAUGAAGAUGUCAAGAAAAACAAGGUGAUUAUCGUCAAUGAUCCUAGCUUAAUUAUCGAGCAGGCAGAGGAAGAUGAAGUCCAGGUAGAAUUAGCACAGGGAGAUGAUGAUGAUCAUGUGAUGGAAACAAAGGCAGCGGGUCCCUCUGUCCUAUCGGGUGUUGCAGAAACUGUCAUUCGUAGAGGUACAGAAAUCCGUCUGAUGGAUCCCAAAUUGGACAAUAUCUCGUUAUUUAAAUGUUCUUCCCUUCAUUUGAUGGUGAAAUGCAACCGAUGUAAAGAAACCGUGCAAGUACAAAAUAUCAAAUCGGAUGGGGAUGCAAAGGAAAGAUGGAUGGGAUGUCCAACGUGUACAGCAGAAUUAGGCAUUAAAUUCAUUGGUGAGUUGGUUCAUCAGGGAGCGAAAUCAUUGGGGUUAUUACAGUUAUCCGGUUGUAAACCCUAUGAUAUUUUACCUUCUGCGUAUAUCGGGACUUGUGGUUCAUGUAUGGUGGAUAUGGCACAUACCUUGACAUUAUCACCUCAUGAUCCACCACGCACCAUCACCUGUUUCUCUUGUCAUGCUAAAAUGACGUGUGGAUUAGGUGAUUAUACAUUUAUCAAGAUUGGUAGUGAAGGAGGUGAGAAAUUAAAGGCGGCAGAUGAAAAGCAAGUGAUGAAAUUAAAGCAAAAGAAGAAGAAAGAAGAUCAUUUGGUGAUUGGUGAACCUUUACCUAAUCGUGGUACAUGUACACAUUAUGGUAAAAGCAAUCGAUGGUUCCGAUUCUCUUGUUGUAACAAAUUGUAUCCUUGCGAUAUUUGCCAUGAUAGCCAUGAAGAUCAUCAUGUGGAAAUGGCUAAACGACAUGUGUGUGGAUUGUGUUCAAGAGAGCAAACCAUUGUAGGUGGUAAGGCCUGUGUUUGUGGUCAUGAGUUUGAAAGAGCUCCUCAGCGAGGUGCCUUUUGGGAAGGUGGUAAAGGUGUUCGAAACGUAUCCACCAUGAGUCGCAAGGAUCCACACAAGCGUAAAGGAAUGUCAAAGACGACCUCCAAGAAACAAGAAAGAGUGGGUGUUGCGGGAAAAGAACGUCAUCAGAAGGAGCCGGAGACUUAAUGUUUUUUUAAAUACCUCGAAGUGUUUUUUUUAUUUUUAUUUUUUUUAAACCCUUUUUUGCCCGUGCGGAAAAAAAAAAUGUCUGCCUUUAAAAAAUAAUAAUCGAAAAUUUCUUUUUUUUUUUCAAUAAGGCCAUAAAAACAUCAUUCCCGGCACAUUUCGACUUCCAUAUUUAUAAAACAACAUAUUCAAACACCCA